AGCCCUGGGAGAAGUUCCGCCGGGACAGCAAAGUCGCGGCUGCCGGACGCGGGGCGGCCAUGGCCGGAGGCUGCGGGGCGGUGGCAGCCGGGCUGCGGGGCAGGCUGAGUCGGCUCUGCUCGUCCCGCCGGCCGCAGCGCCGCCGUCUGUCCCUGGGGCCGCCAGCAGCGCGUCUGGCCCGUGCCGGGGCUGCAGCCCAGCUGCAGCUCGAAUACGAUGCGGUGGUGAUCGGCGCAGGGCACAACGGGCUGGUGGCAGCUGCCUACCUGCAGCAGGCAGGGCUGCGCACAGCUGUGCUGGAGAAGCGCCACGUGCUGGGCGGCGCGGCCGUCACCGAGGAGAUUGUGCCAGGGUUCAAGUUCUCCCGGGCAUCAUAUCUGCUCAGCCUGCUGCGACCACAAAUCUAUGCUGAUCUGGAGCUGCAGCGGCAUGGUCUGAGGGUGUUCCCACGGGACCCCUACUCCUUCACUCCAAUGCUGGAGGACAGGAGCCCCCCUCGCUCCCUUCUACUGGGACAUGACAUGGCCCAGACUCAGCAGCAGAUUGCUCAGUUCUCCCAGAAGGAUGCCCAGGUCUACCCUGAGUAUGAGGCGUUCAUGGGGCACAUGGUGUUGGCCCUCGACCCACUGCUGGAUGCCCCUCCAGUGGAUACAUCUGCCCUGGGAAAGGGUUCCCUGCUCCAGCAGCUCAGGAACCUGCGAACCCUGAAGCCCUUGCUGCAGGCAGGGCUGGCACUGGGGCGGCAGCUGCCCCACUAUUACGAGGUGCUCACAGCUCCCAUCUCCAAGAUCCUGGAUCACUGGUUUGAGUCAGAACCCCUGAAGGCAACUCUGGCUACUGAUGCUGUGAUUGGAGCCAUGACCAGCCCACACACCCCCGGCAGUGGGUAUGUGCUGUUGCACCACGUCAUGGGUGAGCUGGAGGGACGGCGGGGGGCCUGGGGCUACGUGGCAGGUGGCAUGGGAGCCCUGUCCCAGGCCAUCGCCCAGGCAGCCACUGCCCGGGGAGCCCACAUCUUUGCUGAGAAGGCAGUGUGCCACGUGCUGCUGGGCAGUGACGGGGAGGCGCAGGGUGUCGCGCUGCAGGAUGGGACAGAGGUGAGGAGCAAACUGGUGCUGUCCAAUGCCUCUCCGCAAAUCACCUUUCUGGAACUUAUUCCUCAGGAGAAGCUGCCGAAGGAUUUUGUCCAGCGGAUCAGGCAGCUUGACACACGCUCACCUGUCACCAAGAUCAACGUGGCGGUGGAUCAGCUGCCCAGCUUCCUGGCUGCCCCCAAUGCCCGCGACGGCCGGCCCCUGCCCCACCACCAGUGCUCCAUACACCUCAACUGCGAGGGCACCCAGCUCCUGCAUCAGGCAUUCACUGAGGCUGCCCACGGGCACCCCUCCAGCAGGCCCAUGAUCGAGCUCUGCAUUCCCUCAGCGCUGGACCCAGGGCUGGCCCCGCCAGGCUGCCACGUUGUGUCCCUCUUCACGCAGUACACCCCGUCCAUGCUGGCAGGCGGUCGGUCCUGGGACGAGCAGGCCAGAAAUGCAUAUGCAGACAGGGUGUUUGACUGCAUCGAAGACUAUGCCCCAGGCUUCAAGGCAUCUGUCAUUGGCAGGGACAUCCUGACGCCACCAGACCUGGAGAGGAUCUUUGGGCUGCCUGGUGGAGUGGAACAUCUUCCAUGGAGGGAUGUCUCUGGACCAGCUGUACUUUGCCCGGCCAGCCCCAUCCUACUCUGGCUACCGGUCCCCAAUUCCUGGCCUGUACCUGUGUGGAAGUGGAGCCCACCCUGGAGGAGGAGUGAUGGGAGCAGCAGGACGCAAUGCUGCCCAGGUGGCUAUCAAGGAUUUCAGGCAUCUCUGACGAGAUUGGUGAAACUGACUUCUCCAACGCAGGGUUGCAACAGCAGCAUGCCCUACUGAUGCCAUGCAGAGCCCUGCCCAUCCCCAACUUGAUUUUCCAGUACCUCAGGGCAGCAGCAGCAUCUGAGAGCUGGGUGUAGGCUGGCAGGGUCCCUUGUGCUCACAGCUGCUACCAUCACCUUGAACAGAUGGCUGCUCCCAGCCUGCCACAACCCAGCCUUGCCCCAGUGGCUCCUGGACCCUGCAUGACCACGGCAAGCCUCACUCAGCUCCUGCCUGUGCCCAUGGAAAUAAACCCUGGCCUGGGCUCUGUCAUGAGCACUCAUAA